CUCAGAGUCCCCACUUUCGAUCAACGCACCCGACACAUUGAAGAAAAUACCAAAGUAGGGAUCGCGAGAUUUAUUUGGUACUUCAUUAUAGACGACCUGUUCAUUUUAUUCUUAUUUUUUUUAUAUCCAAAGUUUAUUACUAUAGACAUUCACGACAUAUAAGCAUUCAUCAUGCCUUACUCAGAGAUUGAUCAACUUGCCAUUAACACCAUUCGUGCUUUGUCCGUCGACACCACUUCCAAUGCUAAGUCCGGACAUCCUGGUGCUCCUAUGGGUUUGGCCCCUGCUAGCCAUGUUCUUUUCAGCCGCAUCAUGAAGUUCAACCCUUCCUCCCCCAAGUGGUUGAAUCGUGAUCGUUUCAUUCUUUCUAAUGGCCAUGCUUGUGUUUUGCAAUACGUUAUGUGCCAUUUGCUCGGCUACCAAAUGUCCAUCGACGACUUGAAGAAGUUCCGUCAAGUUGGUAGCAAGACCCCUGGUCACCCUGAGACUCAUGACCCCACUUUGAACGUUGAGACUGGUGCUGGCCCUUUGGGUCAAGGUAUCGCCGCCGCCGUUGGUCUCGCCAUUGGUAAGGCUCAUUCUGCCGCCGUUUAUAACAGACCUGGUUUCGAUAUCUUCGACAAUAGCACCUUCUGCUUCUUGGGUGAUGGCUGUCUUCAAGAGGGUAUCUCUUCGGAAGCUUCCUCUUUGGCUGGUCACUUGAAGCUUGGUAACUUGGUUGCUAUCUGGGAUAACAACAAGGUUACCAUCGAUGGUAACACCGAACUUUCCUUCGACGAGGAUGUCGAAAAGCGUUAUGAGGCUUACGGCUGGCAAAUUUUGCGUGUCGAAAAUGGUGACUCUGACCUUGAAAGCAUCGAGAAGGCUUUCCGUGAAGCUGUCGCCUGCCAAGACAAGCCUACUUUGAUUAACCUUAAGACCACCAUUGGUUUCGGCUCUCAACAACAAGGUACUCACAGUGUUCACGGCAGCCCUCUCAAGCCUGACGAUGCUGUUCAAGUCAAAAAGCUCUUCGGUUUCAACCCCGAACAAACCUUCCAAGUUCCUGCUGAGGUCUAUGAUUUCUAUCAAAAGCGCGUUGAUGAAAACCGUGCUGCUCAAAAGGCUUAUGAUGCUAUGUACGCUGAAUAUGCCAAGGCUCAUCCUGACCUAUACAAUCAAUUGGAGCGUAUUCUUAACAGAAAGCUCCCUGAAGGCUGGGAAAAGAACCUCCCUCUCUACAAGCCUGGCGAUGCUGCCGUUGCCACUCGUAAGCUCUCUGAAAUUGUCUUGGAUGCUCUUUGCCCCGUCAUUCCUGAGCUUGUUGGUGGCUCUGCUGACUUGACUCCUUCCAACUUGACUCGCUGGCAAGGCGCUGCCGACUUCCAACAUCCCAGCACCAAUAUCGGAUCUUAUGCUGGCCGUUACAUCCGCUACGGUAUUCGUGAACACGGUAUGGCUGGUAUCAUGAACGGUUUGGCUGUCUAUGGUCCCAUCAUUCCUUAUGGUGGUACUUUCUUGAACUUCGUUUCUUACGGUGCUGGCGCCGUCCGUAUGGCUGCUUUGAACAACAGCCGUGUUAUCUACGUCGCUACUCACGAUUCUAUUGGUUUGGGUGAAGAUGGUCCUACUCACCAACCCAUUGAGACCUUCGCUCACUUCCGCGCUAUGCCCAAUAUCUACUGCUGGCGCCCUGCUGACGGUAACGAGACUUCUGCCGCUUACCUCAGUGCUUUGACUCAUGAUAGCAGUCCCUCCAUCUUGGCUUUGACUCGUCAAAACCUCCCUCAACUUGAAAACUCUACCAUUGAGAAUGCUAGUAAGGGUGGUUAUGUACUCUACGAGAACAAGAAUGCUAACGUUACUCUCGUUGGUACUGGUUCUGAAGUCUCUCUUUGCCUUGAAGCCGUCAAGGUUUUGAAGAGUGAAUACAAUUUGGAGGCUCGUGUUGUCUCUUUGCCCUGCUGGGAAGUUUUCGAAGAGCAAACUGAAAGCUACCGUCUUUCUGUCAUCCCCGAUGGCAUCCCUGCUAUGUCUGUUGAGGUUUAUAGCGCUUUGGGCUGGACUCGUUAUGUCCACGAAGCUUUCGGUAUGACUUCCUUUGGUGAGUCUGGUACUGCUAAGCAAUUGUACGAGAAGUACCAGUUCACUCCCCAAGGUGUUGCUCAACGCGCUCAAAAGACCCAUGAAGCUUACAAGGAUACUCCUUUCAUCCGUUCCCCUGUUCGCCGUGCUUUUUAAGCUGAAGGAUGUUAGAUAGUUUCCUUACAUAUUGUAUAUUCAGAAUUUUGAAGUUGCCAACAUGUAAGAAGGUAGUUUACGAAUGAAUAAUGUGUGUUUCUAAGUGAUUGGUGAAUAUUUUUGGGAAAGAAAUUGGUGGACUAUGAACGGACUGAGU